AUGGGCUGUGGAAUAACAAGAGAAAGUGAAGUCAAGGAAUCUUUAAACUAAAGAGGUGAUGGUAGUGUUUAAAAGGUUUCUGAUAUUAAGGUGAAUAAUCUAAAUUUCAUUGAUGAAGCCUCAAGAAAAAUAACAGAUGAUUAUGAGAUUAGUGAAAUAAUCUACUUCAAUAAAUUUGGCCAUGUGAAGAAAGUAGUUAAAAAAGAUACUAAAGAAGAAAGAGUCAUGAAAAUUGUCAACAAAAAAUAUGUCGAUAAUUCUGUAAACAAUUUUAACAUCACAAACGAAAUCAUCUAUCUCAGUUAAUUAAGCCAUCCAAAUAUAAUUAAAGCUUAUGAAUACUACAAAGAUAGCAUCAAUUACUAUUUUAUAUUUGAGUUUGUUGAUUCUGGUUCUCUAAUAGAUAGAAUAAUAGAGUGCGAUUUUUUCAGUGAAAAAUUAGUCAAAACAGUUGCUAAAUAGGUUUUAGAAGUCCUUGCUUAUAUUCACAAUAGACAUAUUGUUCACAGAGAUAUCACUCUAAAAAACAUUUUGAUGAACUCUUUUAGCAAAUAAUAAGACUUGUAAAUAAAAAUUAUUGACUGGGGUAAUGCUACAAAUAUUUAAGGUAACGAAAAUCUCAAACAAAUAACAGGAGAGCUACAUUUCAGAGCUCCAGAAGUACUUUCAUAGAGCUACAGCUAUGGUUGUGAUAUUUGGAGUUUAGGAGUCGUGAUUUACACUUUAAUAGAAGGGGAAGUUCCUUUUGUAAAAAAAACAGAAGCAGAAAUAAUACAAUCAAUUAAGAAUGAAUCUCUAAGUUUUUCUUCAUCGAAUUGGGAAAAUGUUACAAUAGAAUGCAAAUAGAUUGUGCAAAGUAUGCUAUAAAAAGACCACAAAAAAAGACCAAAAGCAGUUGAACUGUUAGAAAAUAAAUGGUUUAGUGAUAAUGAGACUGACAAAGAAAUAACAAAAAAUAAAUUUGUUGAAAAUAUGACUUAGUUUUAAGCUUAUAAUGUCUUACAGCAAGCAACGAUAUCAUAUAUAGCAACUCAUUAGAUUUCCUAAUUUGAAAGGUCAAGUGUCGCUUAGUUGUUUUAGAAGCUAGACACAAAUCACACUGGAUCUUUAAGCAAAGAAGAGAUAGCAUAAGUGUGUAAACUAUAAUUUGGAUAACAACUUACAGAGUCUUAGAUCAAUGAUAUAUUUGAAGAGCUAGAUAUUGAUAAAAGUGGAAACAUUUCUUAUAAUGAGUUUAUAACCAUCGUAAGUAAUAAAUAGGAGCUUUUAUGUGAAGAAAAUGUUGCUAAGGCAUUUAAGUAUUUCGAUAAAGAUAAUAGUGGUUUUAUAACAUAAGAUGAACUAAAAAGGUCACUUGGUUAUAGUUUAAUAUCUAAAAAUGAGAAAGUUUGGGAAGAAUUUAUGUCUAAAUGUGACUUAAAUGGAGAUAAUAAAAUCUCUUUCGAUGAGUUCAAAAUUCUUGUAAAAGGCCUUAAAUCAUGA